CAGCCGAAACCUCUGAUGAGUUUUAUCAUCGCCGGCCAUGGAAGUUGUCGUUAAGCUCUGAAGCAAGGUAACCAAGAAAUUUGUCUUUUCAGUUAUGAUUGCCAUAUGCGCCCUGAAAAUUAUCGCAUAGCUUCCUGCUUUCAUCACUGAUUAUUUAUCCGGCAGCGGCGGCGGCUGGGGCUCCUAGAUGUCUGUAAUCGAGACCCCGACCGUCGAUUGCGUUCAUCAGCGCGGCGGAGGUGGUGCCGAUCACCACCGUACCUCAACCAAACGUAAAUUUGAUGAUUUCACGGCAGCCUUCAACUAUGACGGGGAAAACUUUUCUGAUUUUUGCGACUCAUGCGACUUGGUAUCGGUAAGAAUGAGGAAAGACGAACCUAAAGCCCAAAAUUUUUGCAAUUCGGAAACUUUUAACGGGUCUCUCUUAGAUGUUGUUGGUACUGGGGUAUCGGGCACAGCCCCGUACGCUUGUUCGUCCCGGUCCGAGUCGACCCGGCCAUGGUCGAGGUUGCAAUUUUUCAUUCGAUUGAUGUCAGAAGCAAAAACUAUGGUACUUGAAGCUUGUCCACAAGAUACAGUAAAAUCGAUUCAUGAACGUAUCCAAGCAAUUACGGGCAUUCCGCUGUUUGAACAGAGACUGAUAUAUAUGGGUAAACAGCUUCAGUGGGAACAGACUCUGGUCGAGUGUGCAAUUGAGAGAGAUUGUUCGCUUCAAUUGGUUGGGCGCAUGCGCAGCACUGAACAUCCUCAAGCUUGGCAGGUAAUCAACGAUAUGGUUUCUCUAAUUUGGCGUCUCUGCAGGGGUGAAGUGGAACAUGAUGCCUUGAAAAUGAUCAAAGCCCUCAUGACUGAUUAUUUACAAAUGACUUCUAGAAUUGAUAACGAUGCAGCUUCUGGGUAUUUCCAGAUAUUUUUGUCUUCAUCUGCCGCUGCUAUGCUAGUUAUGCUCUAUAUGUCACCCUAUGUAGGUAACAAAGAAUGUGGUGAUUGCUCAAUUAGGCAUUUUUUGAGUUCCUGUCGCAGUACCUUGUCUAAAUCAUUGCAUACUACGUGUGCGCGUGUAGUGCUGGAGUUUUGCAAAUUACUUAGAAGGGCAGGUCCUGAGGAUCCUUUAUAUCUCUCAUGUCGGAGCACCUUUGGGUCUUUUUUGGAGACUGCUAUCAUUGCCUAUGUUUCUGAGAAUGAAAAGGAUUUGAGCGAAAAGCAGUUGAUUUUAAUUGAAGAUAUUCUCCCUUUUGUUCGGGAGAUUGCAAACAGACUGUUGAGGGCUUUGGAUAUGAGUAUGGAAUCCCCCACUAGUGGAGGGCCAUCGGUGGUUGAUGUUCGAGAUUUUACUGCAUUCUUACUGCCCUUAAGAACUAGAAUCAGCGAGCCACUAGCUUUCAAGAGUCUACAUUCUUCCAAGUCUGAUGAAAAACUAAAUAAGCUCCUGUUACUGGAUGAUAUUCAUCUUAUAUUUAAUGAAUUAUUACAAAAAAUGGAUCAGUGCCUAAAUAAAAUGCAGGAAAUUUUGGCUGCCAAGGAACGAGAUGAGGGACAUAAUUUUUAUUCAGCAUGGUCUCAGUAUCUUUCCAUCUUGAAGGAAUUGUAUCACCUCUCUAAGCUCUAUGAUGGAGCUGAAGAGGAAUUUUGGUGGGUUUUGAGACGUCAGAGAAGCAUGCUGGUUCUACUUAUCACCCAAUAUGCAAAGAGAACUGAUGAUCAUCAGUGGAUUCUGGAACACAAGUGCGUAACGAAUUUCGAAUGCAGAAGGCAUUUGGUGAUGAUGAUGUUCCCAGAUGUAAAAGAGGACUAUGAGGAAUUGCAUGAGAUGCUCAUUGACCGGUCUCAGCUGUUGGCAGAAUCAUUUGAAUAUAUAGGACGGGCAGAGCCUGAAUCUCUACAUGCUGGUCUUUUUAUGGAAUUCAAAAAUGAGGAAGCUACAGGUCCAGGUGUACUGCGAGAGUGGUUUUUCUUGGUAUGCCAAGCUUUAUUUAAUCCACAAAAUGCUCUUUUUGUGGCGUGCCCAAAUGACCAGAGGAGAUUUCUUCCCAAUCCUGCAUCCAAGGUACAUCCUCUGCACCUUGAUUACUUCACCUUCUCUGGUCGAGUUAUUGCAUUAGCUUUAAUGCAUAGGGUGCAAGUGGGCAUCGUUUUGGAUCGUGUGUUUUUCAUGCAAUUGGCUGGAACGUAUAUUACUUUAGAAGAUAUACAGGAUGCUGAUCCAUAUUUGUACGGUAGCUGCAAGCAAAUACUGGAGAUGGAUGCUGAUUUCAUUGAUUCAGAUGCUUUAGGGCUGACCUUUGUUAGAGAGGUGGAGGAAUUAGGACACAUGAAAGUGGUUGAGCUUUGCCCAGGUGGGAAAAGCCUUGUUGUUAAUAGUAAGAACAGGGAGAAGUAUGUUGAUCUUCUUAUACAGGAUCGUUUUGUAACAUCUAUAUCUGAGCAGGUGUCACAUUUUGCCCAAGGUUUUGCUGAUAUUCUUUGCAACCCAAGACUCCAACAGUUCUUUUUUCAAAGUCUAGAUCUUGAGGAUCUUGAUUGGAUGCUUCAUGGGAGUGAAAGUACCAUUUCUGUUGAAGAUUGGAAGGCACAUACCGAAUACAAUGGCUAUAAAGAAACAGAUCCUCAAAUAUCUUGGUUCUGGGAGAUUGUGGGGAAAAUGUCAGCAGAGCAAAGGAAGGUUCUUUUGUUUUUUUGGACGUCUCUGAAGUAUUUACCUGUGGAAGGUUUCAAAGGUUUGUCUUCUCGUCUCUACAUUUACAACUCCAUGGAACCCGAUGAUCACCUUCCUUCAUCGCACACAUGCUUCUUCCGGCUGUGUUUCCCUCCAUAUCCAUCUUUCUGUGUCAUGCAAGAUUGUCUUCGAAUCAUCACACAGGAACACAUUGGCUGCAGCUUUGGUACGUGGUGAAUAUUCUUGCAUUUUGGAUAGAAGUGAUUCUGACUGCACAUAGAAAUAUUGGCACUCAACUCUUGUACAGAUUAUAGGAUAAACUUGUCUGUUUUGUGAUCAAUGUAAGAAGGCGCUAUAGUUCUGGUGUUCAGAUAUAAGGGUUGCGAAGUCAUUGUCAAAUGUUUAUAAAUUUAGGGUAUCAAGGAAGUAUGGCUUAAGAAAGUAGUAUGUCUCUGCGGUUUAUCUUUUUAGCAGUAACUCUUAUACUGGACACUGAAUAUCCCUUUGCAUUAAACGUUGUAGUCUGGACAAUUAUGCUCAAAGAGCAACUCUUGCCCCUUAUAAUUACAAUUAGUGGAAAUUUUAUACUGUGA